CACACCACACGAUGGCUUCCUCGGCAGCAGAAGGUUUCCCUGAAAUCGACAAACUCCGAGCCGAGCAGCUGAACGGUGUUGGAGUCGUGACGGACAGAGAGCGCGAACAGGAGGAAGUCAGCCACAGGGAAAUUCUGUCCCGUAUUGAAAACAUCAUCCUUGGAAUAGUGACCAGUCUUUCCAAAGAAGAGGCUCCUUUCCUGGCAGUGCCCAACAGAUCCAGCUGGGCUAACAUCAGUUUUCACAGUGCCGUGGGGCUUCAGAUGAGUUCAGGAGGUUCCGUCAGCACCAUUAGGAGCGACUGUCCUUCGUCUGUCACUAAAUUUGCACAAAUUCUCAAGAUCCUCUCUGUCAUCUACAAACUUGUGCAGAGCAACUCGUACGCCACGAAAAGAGACAUCUAUUACAACAACACACAGCUGUUUGUGUCACAGACAACUGUGGACAGUAUUGUAGAUGAUAUCUCCUGCAUGCUGAAGGUUCCUCGCAGAUCUCUUCAUGUGUUGGCCACGUCCAAGGGAUUGAUCGCGGGUGAUCUGUGUUACAUGGAGGAGGACGGCACACGGAUUGACUGCCACUCAAGCUCAGCUGGUGUUGCAGUUUCAUCAAACAUUGCUGGGAUUAGAAAUAUUGUAUCAUCUGCGAAAUUUGUCCUGAUAGUUGAGAAGGAUGCAACUUUCCAGAGACUCCUGGAUGACGACUUCUGCACAAAGCUCCGUCCCUGCAUCAUAAUCACAGGUAAAGGUGUGCCAGAUGUGAACAGCAGGUUGAUGGUGAGGAAGCUUUGGGACACACUGCACGUCCCCACCUUCGCUUUGGUGGAUGCUGACCCUCACGGCAUUGAAAUCAUGUGUAUCUACAAGUACGGAUCAGUGGCCAUGUCGUUUGAGGCCCACAGUCUGACCGUCCCCAGCGUUAUGUGGCUAGGCCUCCUCCCCUCUGACCUCCAGAGGCUGCAGGUUCCCGAGGAUGUCCUGAUCCCACUCACCGAGAGAGAUGAAAGCAAACUCAGUAGUCUUCUUAAAAGGCCGUACUUGAGCAGCCAGCCCAACUGGCAAAGAGAGAUGGAACUGAUGCAACAGACUAAGGUCAAGGCUGAAAUACAGUCCCUGGCAACCAUAGCUCCUGAUUUCCUCACCAGCAUCUACCUGCCCAACAAGCUGCGUUACGGAGGCUGGAUAUGAGUGCAAUGCUGACAUCUAGUGGAAGAGAAGGGGAAGUGCUGAAGCGGGUUUGAGUACUACAGAAAGAUGUAACCUUUUCAGAACAACAAUAAAUAAUCACCCGUGUUUGUUUGACAGUAAUGUUCGAAUAUUUAUAAAUGAGUGUUUUUGUUUAUUUUAUCGUUUAAUUAAAACCCCUGUAAACAUGUUAGUAAGACAGAGUACGGUUUUGGUUUUUAUGUUCUAGUUGGACUUUCCCAAGUUAUUUGGACCAACACAGGUUUCAGCAUUGUUGUUCAUGCUUUUCAACUACUGACCACCUCACUGCAUGCUGGUGCAAAGUCUACAAGUCAGCAGAGGAGUGUAAUGAUUUCUUGAUGUGGAACAGUGACGUCUGUGUGACUUUGUAUUAAUGAGUGUAUAACAAAUUAUAGCUGCUGGUCUGUAUAUUAUCAGUUCUCCAGCAGGUUGAAACAGUGGAUUAAAUAUUGUCAGGGAAAGAAGAUGUAAAAAAUCUCUUGCUGUAAAUCCUCACAGACACAGUUGGGAUUAAAUAAAUGGUUAAAAUCU